AUGAGGUAUAUUGGAUCCCCUGCAUUUGCAGGCUUUGUGCUCUUUUCAAGCAGCAUUACUGGUGUCUAUUCACAAAAUCUCACGACGGAGAACGUGCCGGGAGGCCCAGGACCACAGGCGCUACCCAAAGUCGACCUUGGUUAUGAGGUCCAUCAGGCGAUAAGUUUCAAUCAAACUGGUCAAACUUACAACUUCACCAACAUACGAUAUGGUCAGCCACCAGUUGGUAACCUGCGAUUUGCACCUCCUGUAGCGCCAGUAGGAAGAGACCCUGUUGUCCAGAAUGGGAGUGUGGGCAGGAUUUGUCCACAAGCCCUUCCUUAUGGAUGGUUCUCUAUUGGGAGUGCGAUCCAAACAGCUAUCGUCACAGGUACACUGGACUCCUUCGACUACACUGCUACGAACAACGCUCUUCAAGAGUAUCUCAGGACCCAUGAUGUCACCAAUCAGACUGAUGGAAGAGCUACAGAGGAUUGUCUCUUUCUGGAUGUCAUUGUUCCGAAAGCCAUCUUUGAUAAAGCUGGGAGACCUGGACACGGACCUGGAAAGCCUCAAAACGGGGGUGCCCCGGUCGUCAUAUGGUUCUAUGGCGGUGGCUAUGUCCUCGGAUCCAAGGCAUUAAGAAAUCCCAGCGGUUUCAUUAAAGCUAGUCAGGCCGGCGGCGAAGAUGGUGUUAUUUGGGUACAAUUUAACUACCGGAUUGGUGCUCUUGGAUGGCUUGCCGGACCAACAUUCCAAAAUUCUGGGGGCACGCCAAAUGCGGGACUUUAUGAUCAACGACUGGCCAUAGAAUGGGUUUCGAAGAACAUUCACCUCUUCGGUGGAGAUCCAAAUAAGAUCACCCUUAUGGGAGAAUCUGCGGGUGGCGGCUCAAUCACACAUCAGAUCACAGCCUUUGGAGGUCAAAAGCCAGUCUUGUUCCAGCAAGCCAUUCCUCAAUCCCCUGGCUUCGACCCGGUUGGAACAAAUGCUGCCGCGGAAAAUAUCACGAAUAACUUCUUCAAAGUUCUGGGCGUCAACAGCCUUGCGGAAGCCCGCCAGAAAUCCUCUGCUGAAGUGAUUUUGGCGAACACGAUCCAAGUGGGAUACUCAUUUCCGUUUGGCAGUUUUACGUACGGGCCGAUGGUCGAUGGAGUCAUCGUUCCUACUCUGCCGGGAAACCUGCUCGCCUCAGGGAGAUUUGCGAAAGAUGUUUCCAUCAUGGUCGGACACAACAGUUUCGAGUCCGCGAGUUUCACUCCCCCAUAUCUCAAAACCGAAGCCGACUUUGCAACUUGGCUUAAUCAGGUGUUUCCUGGUAUCACCAACUCUACGACAAGCUAUAUUCUCAACAACCUCUACCCUCCUUCAUAUUCGGGAGGUCAACCAUAUACCUCUCCAUUGGGCCGGGCGUUUCUGAUCGUCCAAGAAUUCGUUUUCAUUUGCAACACGUUUUACCUCAACAAGGGAUUUAACAACAAUACCUACGCAUAUGAAUUCCAGGUUCCGCCAGGGUUUCACGCGAUGGACCUCGCCUACACAUUUUGGAACGGCGAAGCUACUAACUUUACCACUGGCCUCGUUGCUCCUGUUGCACAGCAGUUGCAGGCUUAUUUGACUAAUUUCGCUAUGCAUGGCAAUCCCAAUGGCCGUGGGUUGCCCAACUUCCCAAAGUACGGUGCCAACGCCAUGAUCGCCGGUAUUGGUUGGAAUCAGACCACGCAGCAACGUGAUGAUGCGGCUAACUCCAGGUGCGCUUGGUGGCAGAAUGGAUUGUACGCAUAA